UUCAUGUAAACGGCAUGUGCUGCAGAAUUAAACUGUUAAAAAGACGCAGAGCGUCACUACUGCAGCGGAUUAGCCAGUUAGCUUUAGCACUCAGUCUCUAUACGUAAACAACACAAAGGUUCCGCCUGCGACCGGCGGAACUAACAGGAAGGAACACAAACUGCAUUGCCGCAGCAGAUUAUUUACCUGUGGCCAAUGGAGUCACUCAACACGUUUGAAUCUGAGAUGGAGCCUGAUGUGCAGACAAACUACUCCCUAUUUCCUGCUCUGGACAGUAUAGCAAGUCUCUCUGGAACAGCAGACAAUCUGGAAAGUGAACCAACCAGUGAAAUUACUGAGAAACCAAAUCUCACCUGGCUUGAUGCCGCUCAGAUUGUCCUGGAGGAAGCUGGGCAUCCCAUACACAUAAAGGAAAUUAAGCAAAGAAUCACUGAUCGGGGGCUUGUUCAGUCCAAUGCAAAAUCGAGCCUGGAAGCUGUCAUGUACAGGGAGACACAAAAAGGCAGCAGGCGAUUCAAGAGGAUUGAAAACAGAAAUGGAGUCUUUGCGUUACUGACCGAUGAGGAGCGGCAGCAGGCCCUCACAGCCCAGGCUUUCCUCAGCUCGCCGCCACUGGCGCCACAGAGUGGAGCGUCCAGCUCUGGUUCCGGUGCUUCGGUGCCUGCUUUCCCAUCUCCCCCAAGUUCCUCUGAGCAGAAACCAAAGUUGAAGAGGGGUCAGCGAAAAAACCAGAAUGAGAAGUACAGACUGAAGUACCUGAGGCUGCGCAAAGUGGCUCGCACCAUGAUAUUUGAAAAUGCAGCGCUCUGUGAUGAGAUUGCUCACACAGAAGUGAAGUUUCUAAGAGCAAAAGAGGAGCGCAAGUUCUUAUUAAAGACUUUGUUGCAGUACCAGACUCUGUCAGAGGGGGAGCUACUGCCUGCACCCAGUUUCAGCUCCCUUCCUCCCGUUCCACCUGCAGCGCUGACCUCAGCUACUGCUGCAGGGCCUUCAGGCACGUCUUCGGCGCAUAACCCAACGUCAGUGGUGUCGAUGGGAGAAGAGGGUCUGCUUAAAAAACCCAAGAAGGAAAGGAAAGAACGGGGAAAGGAAAAUGGAAAGGAAGACUUUCCAAAGAAGAUGUCCAAGAAGAGGAAGCUGGCAGAUGGGUCGCGGAGGCUGGUGCAGCCCAUCCCGCUGGACUCGUCGGGUCGUCCCGUCUUUCCCAUCGUACUUGGAGGUGUAACGGUCUACAGCCUAGGAGAGAUCAUCACAGACAGAAUGUUGUUCCAUGACGAGUGUGCCAUCUAUCCAGUGGGCUUCUGCAGCACGCGUGUCUACGCCAGCAUGAAACACCCUGAGCAGCAGUGCCUCUACACCUGCCAAAUCAAGGAUGGAGGGACAGGUCCGCAGUUUGAGAUUGUGCCUGAAGAAGAUCCUCAGAAUGCCAUCGUGGCCUCCUCUGCUCUGACGUGCCACCUAAAUCUGCUGAAAACUAUCGCAUCUAACAGCUCCAAGUCUGUGGCACCAAUAAUUCCCUCUGGAGCGGACUUCUUCGGCUUCUCCCAUCCGACUAUUCAGAAUCUCAUCCAGAGCUGUCCGGGAGCUCGCAAAUGUAGCAACUACAGAUGGAUUCGUUUCGAGGUGUGUCGUCCUGGUGAUGGCCAGCUCCCCCAUGGCCUGUCAGAAGAUGAUGCCUCGAUUAGCUUUGAGGCUUACCUGAGACACCAAGGCCUGAAUGUGAACAUCAAGAUGGAGCACAUCACAGGACAAUCGCCAACGCCUAGUUCCUCUCAUCAUCAGCACCAGACCUCCCCCACUGUGAAGCGGUCCACUUCUUAUUUUGGCUCCUGAGAUUCUACUCUGGAAAUUAUACCUUUUUUACCUUCAGUUUAAUGUUUCAAAAAUCUAAGGCUUGUUUGUUUAACUCAAGAUCAUUCAGUGUGAUCUUUUAGUAUUGCUCAGAUGACACCUGAGGGUAUGUGCUGUACAGGACUGAACUGCAAAAACUAAUUAAUACCUGUUGUUGUGUUUUGCUUGAGUCAGUAUGAAUGUUUAUACUUGGUUGUAGAAAUGAUCAACUUUAUAUAAUGUUUUUAAUGUGUACAGUCUUGUCUAUUAACCUGGAUUAAAGAAACAAAUGUUACAUGGCUGUGUAUGAGGAAGGCUUGUAUAUAGUAAUAAACUAUUUAAAAGUUU